CUUGCAUCAGACGCGAAUUCGCUACCUCGAAGAAGAUGAUCGUCCCCGUGCGCUGCUUCACGUGCGGCAAGGUGCUCGCCAACAAGUGGGAAACGUACCUCAGCCUCCUGCGCUCCGACUACACGGAAGGCGACGCUCUCGACGAGCUCUCGCUCAAGCGCUACUGCUGCCGCCGCAUGAUGCUCACGCACGUGGACCUCAUUGAGAAGCUGCUGCACUACAACACGGGCGCCAUCGAACGGGGCGCCGACGACUAAGUUCACGGCCAACGCACUCGACGACGACCCGAAUUUGCAUAAUAUUAAUCCCACCCAUCCAUGCAUGCCUAGAUGAACACGAGCUUCUCGACGUAG